AAGCUAUUGUGGCUCCAACGUAGGAGGUGCAGUGGCGUUGUGUAUUUUCCUUUCGAGCGGUGCUUUGUGCCUGUUCGAAUCACCCGAGAUGUGGCCAGUGUUAAUUGUCUUGGAGCUGGUCAGCAUUGUGGCUGCCAACGAUUUCGCAUUUGUGGCGCCCAGCUGGCAAAAUUUGGAACUCAGCGCUGGGCAGACGCGAAUCACCCCAGUUGUCCCAGAGGUGAACAAUGGAUUUCCGAAGCAGGCCAAAAGCGGUACAGCGAGCAGCGCUGCCUUCCUUCUGGGAGCUUCGGCGUUGCUCAUAGCGCUGAACCGACGACAAACGCGGAAUGUGUCGAGGAACGUGUGGAAUUUUUUCCCCAUGAACAAGGAGAAGCAAUGGCCUGGUCUCGGUGAGGAUGCCACUGGAUCCAGUUGGAGAUCACAUAUGAACCUGCGACGCCAUGCCAAGCUGAUGAUGGGCAGAAAGAUCAGGUACAUGAAGCAGCAAAAGGUUUUGCGCGACCAUGACGUUUGGUGGGCAACCUACGAUAAGUUCAAGGUUUGGAAUCCAAAUCCCAAGGCUCGCCAGAUGUACAUGGGACCGGAGUCGCACCCAGACAAUCCAGAUUUCCCUCGACCAAACAGCGGGCUGCCGGCUCUGGGUGGUUGGUCACCUGCGCCCAUGGCGGCCUCCACGGGUCGCUUGGGUGGUUCCAGGCUGGCGGGGGCGUUCAGCUCUGCCAAGCGAGCAGUCUUCAGCUCCCCUAGGGUGCGCUCUGCUCUGGUUCGACACGCCCACAAGAAGGCGGCUGCCAGCACAAAGAAUCAAGGCUACUCUUCCAGACCCAAGUGGUGGGGUGUGAAAGCUUUGAAUGGCAAGGCGGUCAAGACCCGUCAGCUGCUGGUGAAGCAGAAGGGCAUGAACUGGUACCCAGGUAAUAAUGUGACGGUGACAAAGAGUGGCGCCUUGAUGUCCUUGAAGGACGGCAUUGUCCAGUGGCGCGGCACCUACCGGCACAAGGAGGUGAGCGUGGUGCCCUGGGAGUACGUCCGUGCCAAAUGCCGCUGGCACAAUGAUGGAAACUUGGCUCCUCAGGAAUACUUGCCAUGGAUGGGUCGCAGAAACGAGGUCCUCAGUGGGAUGUACGAUGAAUGGGCGGAGACCACAGAGGGAAAGGCAUGGCUAGAGAAGAAGGCUGAGAAGAAGGCGAAGCAGAAGGAGAUUCAAGCGAAGAUCAGGGCCAAGAAGCAGUGGCGCUUCAAGGAGCAAAAGACCAAGGACAAGGUGACAGCUGGUGAUUCUGACUCAGAGACUGAGAAGUGAGGGGGAUGCGCCAAGUUCCUUUUCGCAGCCGCAGAUUGAUGAAUCAACGUCAGAGACAUUUCCACCAGAAACCUUU